GUCAGUCUAACUAUGUGACGGAGAUGGACAGUUGGUGAAAUAAAAUUAAGUUCGUCAGAAUGAGUAUUGCUAAAGGUUGUGUUUUCUGUAUUGCUAUGGUGGCAGGAUGGCUUAUCAGUUAUUCGUUAGGUAUUGAAGAUGCCUUGUUAAGUAACAGUGACACUCGGGAUUUGGUAAGCCAGAAUGAACAAGAUGGUUCCUACAGUGCUGCCAUAAGCCAAGACAGACAAAGAGUUGCUCGAGCUAUCUCCGACCCUAGAAGGAACUGUAGCACAUGGGCAGAGUGGGUAAAUGAAAAUCAUCCUUCACUGUCGCAUAAAGAGGAUAAGGAAUUCAUCUCACAGAAGACCAUGCAGGAGUUCUGUCCUUCAGGGAAGAUAAGCAAAUUCGAAUGCAAGGAUGACAAAGGGGAACCAUUUCAAAGGAAUUUCACUUCGCUGGACAGAACGUUUUUCAUCUCUUGUUAUGACAUCAAUGUUGGAGUGAUCUGCACAAUUUCGAAUACAUCCAGUGCAUACAUUAAGCACUGCCCCGAUAUGUCGAUCAGAUAUUAUUGCUCGUGUCCAGCCCUACAUACUGAUCAUACAAUAUCAGCAGGAACGUCUUCAACAUCAACAUCCCAAACAGCACAAUUAUCAACAGUAACAACUUCCGUAAUGACCCGAGAUUCACCAAGAAUUUCAGCAAAGACAACCAUGAUAAACUUUCUCUCUUCCUUCAUGUCAUCUUCCUCAGUAAGCAAGACGGACACAACCAAGACAUCACGACUGGCGGAAACGUCCACAUCUACAGGCACAGUUACCUUUGUAGACGGUGAAGAAACAAAGAAAGAUGAAAUAUACAAAGAGGAGGCCGAGCUAAAAUUGGGUGACUUGUCUAUCACUUGGUGGACAUUUGUUCUUUCCGUCGUAGGGUUGAUAUUUCUACUUAAUACAUGUAUUUCAGUGUGCUUGUUCAGGAAAGUAAAGAACCUAUUGGAGAAGAAGCAUCCAAAGCAGGCAGUGCACCCUACACCGUUUCUCUGA